AUGCCUUCCACACUUGCUGUCCUUCUCGUCCUUGUGCUGGGUCUGAGCCAGAGGAGCAGCACCCAGAAGCAGAUGCUCUCGAAACCUGCCAUCUGGGUCAGACCCAGUUUCAUGAUCCCAAAGGGAAGACCGGCUACCAUCGGGUGUCGGGGAGCUGGCGGGGCCAUGGAGUACCAGCUGCACUUUGAGGGGGGACUUUCUGCCUUGGAGAGACCGAAGUCACGCCCAGUGAUGAACUGGGUGAAGUUCUCCAUCCCGGCCAUGACUUCUCACACCGCAGGGCAAUACAGGUGCUCCUACCGAAGUGGGGAGCUCUGGUCCGAGCUCAGCGACCCUCUGGAGCUGGUGGUAACAGGACUGUAUGACACACCCACACUCUCGGUUGAACCCAGGUCUGAGGUGACCUCAGGAGAGAACGUGACCUUCCGUUGCCAGCUGGCGACAGCUACAAGCACGUUCUUCCUGCUCAAGGGGGGACAAUCCAGCCGCCCCCAGCUCAGAUAUGGGAACCUGUGGGCAGAAUUCCACCUGGGCCCUGUGACCCCAGCACACAGAGGGACAUACAGGUGCUUUGGCUCCUACAACAACCACGCGUGGUCUUUCCCCAGCAAGCCUGUGAAGCUCCUGGUCAAAGGAGAUGCCAGGGACACCACCUUCGCGCCCACCGAGCACACUUCUUCUGACUACUGGGACUCCUACGAGUUAACCACAGGGACCCAAUCUCAGAAAGACCAUUUCUUCUGGAAUCACAUGGUCCAGAAUCUCAUCCGGCUUGGCCUGGCUGUCCUGGUCCUGGUGGCCCUCAUGGGGCUCCUGCUUGAAGACUGGCUUCACAGAAGGAAGUCUGGAAAGAGAGCCCACUGGGUUUCACGUCGGAGGUGUGGGAGAAGGCUCCGAGCACAGAGAGCCCUGGAGACAUGA